AGUGCUUAAUUAAAUAUUAUUUUAUUCAUUUUUCUUCAUUGUAACUCUACCGAUCCAGUGAUAUGUGGUCGGAUCCGGGCCCAUGGUCGAGAUUCCAAUAAUUCAGACCCGAAUUGAAAUUAUUCGCUGCUGCUUCAAUAUCUUGCUCUUGUCUACUUGACACAGGCACAGCGAUUAAUGAAUAAUCUUAUCCUUUUCCUCAUCUUGCAUCCAUGAAGACCAAAUCUAAACACGGUAACACGGAGGAUUCAACCCUCAUUUGGAACUGGAAAGCGAACGACUUCACUAACAAGAAGAAGAACCGUGGAAAGCAAUUUCCUGUAACUGAAUUCCUCCAAGAUAACUACCGGAAGAUGGAGGAAACAGUGUUAGGUCCCGGAGUUGGUACAGGGAUUGGAUGUGGCGUUGGGGCGGGCUUCGGUUUGGUUGGUGGUAUCGGUUAUGGUGGCUGGCCGUGGAACCAUCUCAAGCUGGUGUUUGGGGUGGGCAUGGGCUGCGGUAUUGGAAUCGGGUUCGGGUAUGGGCGUGGACUUGGCUAUGGUCGUAGCUGGGAUUCCUUGCGUUCUCAAUUGGAUAAGAGGAAGUCAGCUUCUGGCAACAAAGGAACUUGGCGAGGAUUUCAAUAGCAUCAUUCUUUGAAGAAGUAUUCUUUUUGAGGAAGAACACCAGACAUCGUAGGGUACUGCAAAAGAGGCGGCAUUGGUUACAUAAGCGAAGGAAAGUAGCUCAACCAGGGAGUAACAUUGUUCAACAUCUCCCAAGAGCAUAGGUAUAUAAUCUAUUCAGUUUAGGAAAUUGAGAAUCAUUACUUAGUGCGGCUUCAGAUGAUCAGAUUGAAUUUGGUGUUAGUCAACGUUGUUAGCGGCUAGCUCCCCUAAAAAUAUGGAUUGAAUGGAAGACUCUUAACAGUGGCUGGGCAGUUGAAUAGAUUGUUGCCCGGUUGAAUGUUCAUUGCCAUUGUUCCUAUGUUUGUAGGCCUGCAAAUUUAUCACCAAUGCAUUGAGUUUUUGAAAUGAUUCCAUUUUGACUUGGAUUUGUUUGCUUCAC